CAAGUCCUAGUUCCCGCGGGGCGGGAGCGGCCGGUCCGGGGUGGACACCACGCAGCGCUUCGCCUCCGGACAAGUAUGGCCUCUCCGCGGGCCCGUAGUAGUCGGUCCCGCGUCCAUCUCAGUCGCUAGGCAACCGUCCACGGUCUGCGCGUGGGAGAAGCCAACCGACCUCCGGCAAAUGCGCCAUGGACCUGGUCAUCGCGCAGGAGCUGGCCCGCGCCCAGAGCCAGCAGGAUGUUGCCUCCCUGAAGAGGGCGUAUGAGUUGAUUAAGUCGGCCAACCUGGGGAAAUCGGAGUUUGACCCCACAGAAAGCUUCAGCCCUGACCUGUUUGUUCUGUGUGCAGAACAGGCCCUGAAGAUGGAGCAGCCAGAGGUGAGCGAGGACUGCAUCCAGAUGUACUUCAAGGCAAAGGGGCCGGUCACACAGUUUCUGGGCCGAGCGCACCUGUGCAAGGCCCAGCUGUGCACCCCUAAGUCCACUGAAAACCUGGAAGAAUUUGAAAAUUGUGUGACUCAGUACAUGAAGGUGGUCAACUUUGCGAAAGGAGAACCGAGGUAUUACUUCUUGGUCUAUAAUGCGUCCGUCCUCUACUGGCAAAUGGCGAGGCCAUUUCUCAAGCCUGGGUACCAUCACCUCCUGAUCCCCAGCCUCUCUCAGAUGGUGAACGUGUUAAAUCAGACCGAGGAAGAGGACAAGGACUGGCGGGCAGAGCUGAUGCUGGAGCUUCUGGAGUGUUAUCUACAAGCUGGAAAAAUCGAGGAAGCCACUAAGUUCUGUGCCACAGCAGCGCCAUUCAUAAAAGCUAACGUGCCACAGAAGUAUAGACAGAUGUUCGCUGUUAUGGUGCGUCAUGAAUUAAUGGACAAGCUGCAGUUACAGGAAGAAAAGAGAACUUCUGUCAGCCUGUUGGUCACUUUCCACAUUAAUAUGCUGCAGGCAAAAUUGGAUAGAAAUGAUUUACCUGAGGACGCGGAGGAGAUUCUGAAGAAGACCUAUGAACAUUUAGGAUAUUAUAAUCACCAGGGCUUCCCUUCAGUCAGAGAGGAAAAAAUGCUUUUGCUUUUUGAGUUAGCUCACCUUUCUCUGACCUUGAAAUGUGGGGAGCUGUGCUCUGGCUGCCUCUCGGACUUGAAGAACAUCAACAGCGAAGAUCCUGGGAAACUGAUGGAAAUUGAAUGCCUGGAAUGUGAGUUAGAAGCUUUAGGACUUGAAAAUAAAAUCAAAGUCUAUGACCGAGCAGCUGUUGAGACCCAGCUGAGUAUAAUGCAGAGACUGGACGUCGUGCUCCAGCGAGCCACCCGCCUGGGUGACCCCAGGCUCAUCCCCGUCGUGUGCACCACACAGUGGAACACGUGUCUCCCGCUGCUGCAGCGUGACCUGCGGCGGCACCUGCGGAAGCCGCUGAGCAACGUUGCAGACAUCCUGGAGAAGAUGGACAGCCUCUCAGUCCUGCUCCGCUGCCAAGUGCACAUGGAGCUGGCGCACAUUGAGGAGGACGAGGACUGCUUGGAGCUCGCCUUAGGGCACCUUCAGAAGGCCCUGCUUCUGGACAGCCUGGGCCUCUACCAGGACAGGCUCGCGAUGGCCAUCAGCCGGCUGCAGCUGUGCACCAGGCUGUACCAGGACCCUGUGCGUGCCGAGGACAAGGCCGUUCUGGCCAUCGAGCAGGCAAAGAAGGCCGCCCCAAGGGACAGUGUCCGGAAGAAGAGGGCUCUCCUGGUGACCGCAGGCCUGGCCCUGGCCCCCGACACCUUCCAGAUCGUGCUUGACAGUGAGAACGAGGCCAAAGUUUCCACCGGGAGUAGCAGGGGCCGCUUCGCCUACCUCUCCGCAAAGGCCCAGCACCACGCCGUUUGUGUGGACAAGGCUGCUGAACACCUGCGGCAUCUGGGGACCGAGAACCACAGGGAGAGAAUAGAGAUCUGGGCAGAGCUCACCAAGGUUGCCCGGAAGCAAGGCGUGUGGGACGUUUGCCGGGCGGCAAGCCGCUUCUGUCUCCUGUAUGACGUCAGGGCAAAGAAGCCGGCAAGAAUGGAGGGAGGAAAGAAGUGGGGUGCAGACGGCUCGGGGCAGGGCCCCUGGGGCCACUCAGAAGUCACCCUGCAGCAGCUUGGGUCCCCCAGCCUGCUGAGGAAGUUCGCGGAGGUGGGGUUCAUCAGUGGCGAGGCCACCGUCCACUUUCUGCGGUCAGAAGGUGUAGAGCUGAAUGACCCCCCCAACCCUCCCGAGGACCUGAGCCAGCACCCAGCCGGCCUCAUAGUCAAGUCCCCAGAAGACGACACGGACUGGCUCACAUACCGGACCUGGAUCGGGAAUCUGUCGCGGAGCGUCAUGAGCAGCUGGCUGCGGGCCGCCGAGAUAGGACGAGAGGCGCGGGAGCCCUGGAUCGUGCAGAAUGCCAUGGUCUACGUCCUGAACCACAACCACCACCUCCUCGUGGCCGGGAGGCAGGAGGAGCUCGUGGACGCCUUGGACCAUCUCCUGAGCAUCGUCAAGGCCACUGGCCACGGCGGAGACUCCACCAUGUUGGUGACGCUCUGCAAUGCUUUGGCUCGAGGCCUGAUCAUCAGCUGGAUUCCAGCCCAGACACCAGAAAAAUCCAGGAAGCUGGCACACCCAAAUCCGCCUCCUGUGCCGCUGGACCCGGGAGCCGCCUCCAAAGUCAGAACUGCGAUGGAGGUGUGCGAGUUUGCUCUGAACCUGACUGGCAACUCGGUGCCCAAGGAAGCAGUGCCUGCCCGUGCCUGGCAGCAGCUCAUCGCCACCUGGGUGAAGGCUAAGCAGCUGCUGCGGCAGCCAAUCGGGCUGGAUGUGGGCGAGCAGAGCACCAGCAAGGAUAUGAACUCAGUCACCAGGGUGCUCAUCGCUCUGGAAAUGUACUCCUGCAAUGGACUGGGCCUUGCGGACUUUGCUGUGCCCCCCUUGGCCCAGCUGGUGAAGAUGGCUUCCGAGGGCAUCUGGUCAGACCCCCUGGUGGAGCUGCAGACGCUGACACGGCUGACCCACUUCGCGUUUGUGGCCCACGACCACAAGAUGACCAUGGAGUGCUCACAGAAGGCCAUCCAGACGGGCAUUGGGCACCUCAGGAUGUCUAGUCCGGUUGAGGCUCAGCUGGUGGCGGAAAUGCUGAGCACUGCGGCUUGCACCCAGGGCAGGAGCGUCAUGGAGAACCUGAAGGGGAGGAGACAGCUGCGCCUGGCGGCAGCCAAGGCCUUCAUGGAGAGUGUGAGGUUUGGGGGCAUAGCGAGGAGCCCCACCCUGGUGAUGGUAGCCGUGCGGCACUACUGGAAUGCCUGGUGGCCGCUCCUGUCCUCUGCCGUCCACAGGAAGACAUCCAGGGGUGCCAUCCGGAGGAUCAUCAGCAUCAUCAACGAGACAGAAGCGGCAAAGCAGGAAAAAGGGAAAACACUGCUUCUGCACCAGUGGCCCACAGCUGACUUCCAAAGUGGAGAGACUACCGAAGGCUGUUUCUCCCCAGGGGCCGAGGAGGACCUGACGCUGCGCGCCGCGCUCUACGGCCUGCUCUUCCAUUGCCAUGCCGACCUCAAGGACUGGGAGGGCGGCCUCAGGGUGCUGGACGAGGCGGUGCAGGUGCUGCCCCAGACCACACACCGCCUCUUGAUUUUCAAACAUAUGGUCACUGUGAAGGCCAAACUUGGCCAGAACUUUACAAUGGAAAUACAGAAAUUCAAAGAUGAAAGUGAAGAUUAUUUAGCACACAUGUGGCACGGCCUGGCCUUGAACUCAAAGACGGUCUCCGGAGAGCUGUGCUGCUAUCAAAACGCCAUCCAAGCCCUGCAGAAACCAGAGAGCGAGUGGCAGAAAGUCGACUAUAUCAUGGAAUUCGGCAAGUGGCUAUACUGCAAGCAGUUUCCCAUGGAAGACGUGGUCUUCCACCUGAAGUGGGCCAUCAACAUCCUGCUGCUGCUGAAGGCUGCCAGGGGCACACCUGAGCUGGCAGGGGAGCUCCCACCCCCCCAGGCAGCCCCGGAGAGCACGGAGCCCAGGGACUCGGGGACGCCGUCCCUGGAGAGGCUGCGGAACGUGAGGCAGCUGGACACGCUGGCCCGCGCCUGCAUCCUGCUGGCCCUGAUGGUGCCCCCGAGCAGCGCCGAGCACCAGGACUGCUGCCUCUUGGCCUACGCCUCCCUCAGGCGCAUCUGGCAGGUUUCUUUAUUAACAGCCAGAAAAUCGAUUUCAGAAUGCAAAAUCCGAGCAGCAGCUAGCUCCCAUUUGUUAUUGCCUAAAAAGGAGAAAGAGAGAGAGAAGAGCAAGGACCCCAAGCAGGGCCAAACCCCGGCUCCUGGCAAAGGACUUGGAGGCUUACCAGCAAGCAUAGAGGAAUGGGCUUCCUAUUCUUGUCCUGAAGAAGUGGUAUCUGUAUUUAAACAAGACAGAAGCGACUUCACUGUUAACCCAUCGAGUAUCCAGAAGCCAGCACACAGUCUAUACUAUCUGGACCACCUGGUCAAGGCCUUGCAGAAGAUGUCCCUUCAUGAGCUCACGGUCCCCGUCCUGCAGUUGGGCGUAUUAAUUUCGGCCUCUGUGGUAGAAAGCAAGAGCCUCAAAGAUCUCUACCACCUCCGACUUGCCCUGGUUUGCUCCGAUCUGAAGCUGCAGGAGGCGGCUGCUUACCACGAAGAGGUGGUCGGGCAGACGUUCCUUGGCGAGACGGAGCAGGCAAGCUGCAGGAAAGAGAUUACCUUGAAAAAGGAGAAAAAUAAGGAACCAUUAUUAGAAGGAAGCCUGCCGGCCCUGAAUGAGCCCACAGCUCCAGUCCAGCAAGUAAAGAUGAAGCCCCUCAUAGCAGAGGAUAAGGUUUUGAAGCUGAACGGAGAGGCUGGGAGAGGCCUGGAGGGAACAUCCUUCCCCUGGCUGUGGACCCUCAAGGCCGAGGUGCUGCUGGCGAUGGACCUGCACCAGCCGGCGAGGCUGCUCCUGGCAGAGGCGCACCUGGCCUUCCAGGAGCUUGACGACCCUUAUGCACAAUCAAAAUGCCUACACCUUCUAGCACAACUGGCAAACAAGGAAAAAAACUACGGACAAGCGAAGAGGAUGGUGGAGAGGGCCCAGCACCUGGGAGGGAGUGAGGGGUUCUGGUACCAGUCCACUCUGACCCUGGCGGAUGCGCUUCUAUCUGUGGGAAGCCAAGGCGGGGAGUUGCUGGUCUGCCAGCUGUUUCAAAAAGUCAUCGAUGCCUUCAAUGUUCUCAAGAGAGAAAGACCCAACCGAGCGCCCUUGCUGGAGUUCAUGACCACGGACCUAGAAGCCAGGUGUGCAAGCCUUCGGAUCCGGGUGGCCCUGGAGCCAGUUGACGGUGAACCUUCUGAAUGCUCGUUUCUGCUAAAAGAGAUGGACAACUACUUGUUGGAAAUUGAGAAAAAGUUUACUGACUGUGGCUACAAGGAGAACUGUGUGGACGUAAAACUCGAGCGCGCAAAGAUAAAGAGGAUAUGUGCCCAAAGUGAGAAAGAUGAAGAGCGAAAAACAGCCUAUUAUCUGGAAGCACAUGACCUUAUGCAGAGAGCCGUGGCUGAAGAGGAAGGGGUAUUUCACAGUGUCCAGGGGUUACUGUCCCUGCAGAACUUACAGAAUGUCAACAGCCCCCUGAUGAGGAAGCUGGCCCAGCUCAAGCUCAGCCUGGCAGAGGUGUCUCUGGACAUGCUCCAGCUCGCGUCGGGGGAGAGCCUGGAGCAGCCGUCUGCGCAGGGCUCCGCGGACCAGCUGCUGGCCAGCUACCUGCACAGCACACGGGACUGCACGUCCGUCGGCCUGAAGUGGCUCACACUGAAGCGGACCCUGGCCCACACUGCGCUGGCACAGCUGGUGAGCCUGCGUCCGCUGGGUGCCAACUGUGUGGAGAUCGGCGCCCGGCUCCUGAGCCUCGCUGGGAGGGCCCUCCGCCUGCUGGCCGUGCGUGCGGACCCUGUGUGCCCCGCCUUCUACUGGGAGGAGAGCCUCUUGGUGGGUGCUGGCCUGAGUGACCUCAGGAGUGUGGAGAUGACCCCGGAGGACGGGGGUGGCGAGGGGCCCUGCAGCCACCUGCCGGCCUUCAGCGCAGCCCCCGAGGGGCGCAGCAGGCAAGGCUCAGAUCUGAAGAGGAGGCUGGUGCUGGCCCAGCAGUUCCUGGCCCAGGCGUCCGAGGUCUUGCUCCAGUGCCUGCAGGUCGCCCUGGGCAGCCGCCUCCUGGACAUCGCAGCAGCUGCCAGCCUGGAGCUGGUGGAGUGCACGGGCACCCUGGACCCUGUGACCACCUGCCAGUUCCUGGCACUGUCUCAGAGCUGCUCGGCCUCAGAGAUGAUGCGGGACGUCCUGCUCACGGCCACUGCUGACACCAGCAGCUCCCAGCUGGCGGCCCUGCUGUGGCUCGAGCAGGGGCUGCGGCUCCAGCAGAGGACCUCCACCAGCCUGUUCGCCGGCGUGGGGCGGAGGCUGGCUGCCAUCUCCAAGGCUUGGCAAAAUCUCGGCGUCACUGACCAGCAUCUUAACCUCCUGAAUGAAAUUCCUCCUACUUUUCGGAUCGUCUUUCUUCACCACUCCCAGGACAGGACCCACCUGUACGGUGCUGCGUACGAGAGACCCAGGUUCACCCCUGCAGCAAAGGGCCAGGUGCUGCAAGUAGGAGGCUCCUGCAAGGUGGCUCGGGUGCCCGUGAGCCCAGCCUCCUUUUCCUGCCUGUUGGCCAGCGUCCAGCAGUUCCGGGAGCAGCCCCGGGCCAAGGUGCACAGCGAGGAUGUGGCCCCGAGCCCAGGCCUGGAGUCAGAAAGCGCCCACCCUGAAAGGGGACACACUCCGCAGAGAUUCCUCGGCGACAUCCUCAGCCCCAUGGAGGCGUACCUGAGGCCACUGUUCCCGCUGCUCAGGGGCCCUGCAGCCAGAGUGCAGACUCCCUCAGUCGCUGCAGAUCUGGGAAAACUGAAGGCCAAAGGCCAGGAGAAGGACGUGUCCCUGCCUCAGGGUGAGUGGCAGCUGGUGGGGACUUGUGGCCUGUGGCUUGUGUUGGGACCCCCACCCGUCUGUGCAGCGUGGCCAGGAGCAGGGCCCCGCCGUGUCACGGUGUCAGACUGGGAGCAGUGUGCCUUGGUGGCGCCCUCCCCCAGCACCGAGCUGCCCUCAGCGCUGCCGGCUGGCACUGAGGGUGCAGGGCUCAGGAGUCCUCAGAACUGCAGAGGACGGAGUCCUUGCCACCUGGCUGUGCCCAGCCCGAGCUGUGACUCAGCUGCUCCCCUGGAGGGCCCCUGCGUGCCACCCAGCUCAGGCGACAGGCAGGCCUGUGGCCAGCAGGCUUACCCCGGGAGCUUUUCGGUCUGGGGGCCCAUGUCCUGUGGCCGUGCAGCUGGUGCUCUUGUGCCCACAGUUCUGCCUGAGGCUGCAGACAACCUCGUCCUCAUCGUGGACAGGUACCUCCUGGAGCUGCCGCUGGAAGGGCUGUCGGUGUUCAGCCAGGGGGUGGCCUCCUCCUUGUCCCGGGAGUUCUCGCUCCAGAUGCUGUGGAGUCGCCUCAGCAGAGAGGAGACGGAAGGCGGCGUGAAAAAGGAGGCCCGGGGCAAGGAGUUCAGAAAGAAGAGUCCAGCGAAACGGGGCCAGAAGGGCAAUGCGCGCCGGGUCAUCCCUCCUGGCUGCCUCCUCGUCGACUCAGACAACUUCAAGUUCGUGGUGGACCCCUAUGAGGAGGCCCAGGGCCCAGAAAUGCUGACUCCUGUGUCGGUAACCCAGAAAAUUUUGGAAAAAUUCCGAGACACGUUCACUGCGCGAUGGGUGGGGCAUCUGGGAAACAAGCGCAGUCCCAGCCAGGCUGAGUGGGAGCAGCUCCUGGGCAGCUGCCAGGGCUUCUUCUUCUACGGGAUGGAGAGCUUCCUGUCCCACGUGCUGGUGGAGAGGCUGGCCGCCAUGAGCCUGCAAGGGUGCCGGAUGAUGGUCGUGCUGGAUCGGACGCGGUCCCACGAGAGCGUGCGGCGGUGGGCGGCGGCCUCAGAGAGCAAGAGCGGGCGCCAGCUGUCCCUGGAGGAGCCCGUCCCGACGGCCGUCCUCCUGAGCCUCGCGGGGGUCGGGAGCGUCCUGGUGAACCAGUGGCCGGCACGUCUUCAGGACAACGCGCUGCGGGCCAGCACACUGUGGGAGAAUCUGCUGACGGCCGGCAAGUCAGUCGGGAGAGCGGUGCGUCUUCUUCAGCAGGCGGGAGUCGGGGAAGAGGAUCACCAGGGCGACGGCAGGGCGGGAGCACCACGCGCCCUGGCCAUGACCCAGCCGCCCGGCACCCUCAUCCCGCGAGCACGCCCUCUCCCCACAGGGGGGUCUCCGCAGACCUCCAAGGACAAGCUGCUGCCCGAGCUGCCACCACUCCAGGGUGCCCAGCGGCUUGUGGCCUCCCUCAACCUGGUCCUCUACGGGCUGCCACACCAAGCCAUCGCGUGACAGGGCGCAGAUUCCACCAGGGCACAGACCCCGACAGCCCCUCCGGACCCCACCCCCCAGCCCACCCCACCUACGGGCGCCCCUCCUCCACCAGCCUCUGGACGUGCCACCUGGGCGCCCCACCUGGUUCUGCAUGGGG